AUGAUAAUUGAUACAACAGAAAUAGAGACUAUCAAUUCUUUUUCCAAAUUGGAAUCCUUAAAAGAAGUCUAUGGGAUCAUGUGGAUGCUUGUCCCUAUUUUGACUCUUGUAUUAGGAAUCACAAUAGGUGUACUAGUAAUUGUUUGGUUAGAAAGAGAAAUAUCUGCAGGAAUACAACAACGUAUCGGACCUGAAUAUGCUGGCCCUUUAGGAAUUCUUCAAGCUCUAGCAGAUGGGACAAAACUACUUUUGAAAGAGAACCUUAUUCCAUCUACCGGAGAUCCUCGUUUAUUCAGUAUCGGACCAUCCAUAGCCGUAAUAUCUAUCUUUCUAAGUUAUUCAGUAAUUCCUUUUGGUGAUCACCUUGUUCUAGCCGAUCUUAGUAUUGGUGUUUUUUUCUGGAUUGCCAUUUCAAGUAUUGCUCCCGUUGGACUUCUUAUGUCAGGAUAUGGAUCAAAUAAUAAAUAUUCCUUUUUAGGUGGUCUACGGGCAGCUGCCCAAUCAAUUAGUUAUGAAAUACCAUUAGCUCUAUGUGUGUUAUCAAUAUCUCUACGUGUGAUUCGGUGAGACCUAAAAUUUCUCCAAAUUCUUUUCUUUCUAGAAAGAAGGGUAAAAAGAUUUGAUUGAAUAUAUAUAUUUUCAUUUUUAUUCAGCAUUUAAGUUGAUGAACUAAACCAGAUAGUUAUAUGAGUGAAAGAAAACGGCUUCUAAAUUUGCAGUAAAAAGGUUGAGUCUCAUUUCCUAUGUACAAGAAUCAAAUGGUGAAAAAAGUAAACAUAAGCAAUAGAGAUUGUUUACCCCAAGAUUGGUGAAUUGUCAUGAUAGCUUGAAGCGGGUUCAAAAGAUCAACUGUAUGGAGUUUUUACUGUCUAUUACCAUAGAUGGAUUUCCACAACGGGAGGUUGAAAGCAAAAAUGAGUGGAUGGUUAGGAAGACCAAGAUACACAAAGGAUUAGUAAUUGAGAUUAUGUAAGUUAUCCAAGAGGAUACUUCUGUACAUAAAAGGAAUUCGAAUUGGGGCUUUACGUUCGUAGAAAUGGUCAAGAAGUACUCCCCAUGAUUCUGAUCCAGAGUAUGUUCCUAUCCACUGAGUAAGUAAAUAACUAUCAAGAACGAAGUAAUCUUUUACUUUGGUUAAAGGCCCUUUUUCUGAGAAAGGAGAA